CAAAAGCCGUCUACUUCCAAGCACUUGCUCUUUUCUGUACACUGCAACCAUGUCUGCCCAGCCCUCAAUCAAGGCGUGCAUCUUCGAUAUGGACGGGCUUCUGCUCGACACCGAGUCGAUCUACUCGGAGGUCACCAACAGAAUCCUCGCGCCGUAUGGCAAGACCUUCCCGCUUGCGACCAAGCUCAAGAUGAUGGGCCGUGACGUCCGCACCGCCACCAACAUUCUCCUCGAGGACCUGCAGCUGCCGCUGACCUUUGACGAGUACAACUCGCAGGCCCUGGCCCUCAAGCAGCAGCUGUUUGGCGAGGCUGAGCUCAUGCCCGGCGUCGAGAAGCUGCUUAGGCACCUGAGCAAGCACAAGAUCCCAAUCGCCGUCGCCACCAGUUCUGCCCGCCCCAUGUUCGAUCUCAAGACUGGGAAGCACCAGGACCUGUUUGCCUUGUUCCAGGGGAACAUCACCUGCGGAGACGAUCCGGCCAUUGAGCAUGCGAAGCCUGCGCCCGAUCUGUUCCUGACCGCCAUGAAGCGCUUGGGCAAGGGUCUUACAUCUGCUGAUUGCCUGGUAUUUGAAGACGCCUCGAAUGGUAUCGCGGCCGCAACCAAUGCCAAGAUGAGCUCGAUCUGGGUCCAUGACAUGCGGUUCUCGCCAGACGGAUCCGUGCCCGAGGGCAUCCACGGUGCCACCGAGCGUGUUACGACGCUGGUCGACUUUGACCCAGCAAAGUAUGGCCUGCCACGGUAUGACAGCUAGAGUGCCUCUCGACGUUUAGAACCGAAUGCAGACAUU